AUGUUCACAGUAGGAUAUGGAGAUAUAACUCCAUAAAGUAGUUUGGAAACAGUAUUAUGCAUUAUGUUUAUGAUGAUUUGCAGUAUUUAAUUGUCCUAUAGUGUAAGUACUGUAGGAGCUAUCAUUGACAAAAUUUCAUUUUAUACAAAGGAGAAGAGAAAGAAGGUUUAAACAAUAAAUACCUAUAUGUAAAAUAAAAAGAUUAGUUAUGAAUUAUAAUUUAAGAUAAGAGAAUAUUUGAACUAUUAUUGGUCUUGUAACUAACAAGAAGAAACUUAGGAAGAAAAAUAAAUAAUUAAUUAAUUAUCAGAAAAUCUUCGAGAAAACUUAUAAUUUGAAGCAAAUUCUAUGAUUUUGAAUAAUUGUCCUUUAUUUAAAAAUUAUUUUAGUGAAUAAUUAAAAAAAAAAUUAGUGAAAAAGAUUAAAUCAAUUGUUGUAUAACCUGAAAACAUAAUUGAUUUUAAUCAUUUUUUUCCAGAAUAGAAGCUGAACUAAUUUAUAUGUUUUGUUGAGGAAGGAGAAAUUCAAAUUUUUAUUGAGAAUGAAAUGUUGUAAAACCAUGUUUCAUACAAUUCUAUAUCAAUUGUAAAUACAGUUUCAAAAGGUAGCAGCCUUGGAUUAAUGUCUUUCAUAACAGGAGUGAAAGCAAGAGAAAGAUUCAAGAGCUUAGGAUUUUCAAAACUAUUAUUGUUAUCAAGGGAUGACUUUUUGAAAAUCAUUCCAGAAUUUCCUGAAGAUUAUGAGAUAUUUAGAGAAAUGCAUGAUGAUUUAACUUUGAAUGAAGACUCAUAAUUUCUUAAACUAACUUGUUUUUCCUGUAAUAGCAUCUCUCAUAAAGUAAUUGAUUGUCCUUUAGUUCAUUUUAUUCCUGACAAAGAGUUCAUAAUAAAAAAACAUUAAUUUUCUAGAUUUUAAAAAAGGAAUGAAUCAAUGAAAUUAAAAUAUAAAAGAAAUCAAAAAAGAUAGCAUGGAUAUUUUUCGGUACAUCAUGAUUUAGAUUUGAUUUAAGAAACAGCAAAAUUGUUUUAAGCUGAUAAUUAUAAAUAAUGUUUAUUUUAUGAAGAAAUUGAUGAUGAUUCUGAUAAAGAUAAACAAAAGUUGCAUUCUCCUCAAUUUAUAAGAUCUAUUAAUUAUACAUUGUCAGAUUCAAUAAAAGAAGAAUUUCAAUCUGAGUCUUCUCCUAAAUAAUAAACUUUAUAAUAAAGAAGAAGUGUUAUGUCAAAUAUGAUAACAAAAAAAUCAUUAUCUCUACUGGUAGAUGAUUUCACUUUAUAACCUUUUAAAGGGAUUAAAAAAUUCAAAAGAGUAGUUGAGGUUGUCAAAAGUCUAAACAAAAUUGCAAAUAAGAAGCUUAAACAAAAAAUAUUUUAGCCUCUUUAGGUAGUGAGAAUUAUAGAGAUUUAGAAUAAAGAUCUUUAUUGAAUGGUAUUAUUAGAAGAUUAAGGUAUAUUCAAAAUCAUAAUAUUGAAUGUAUAGACAAAGAUUAUUAAGAGAUGGAUUUUUUAAGGAUGAAAUUGUAAGUAUUGUUAUCACUUCAUUAAAAUAUAGAAGAAACAUAAGAGAAAUUUGAAACAGUAAGACAAUUUAAAUUUUAUUGUGUUCAUAAUAAUGUAGAUUAAAUUUUAACAAUUUAUAAUGAAUUUUAUAAAGUGAAAUUAUAAGAAUUAUUAGAUAUACCAAAAAUAUUCAAGUCUUUUGUGAGAUAUUUGAUGUAUCCUUAUUCCUUUAUUCAUAAAUAUAAAUUGAAAGCUGAUAGUUUUGAUUUAAAAGAGAUAAAAAAAGAAGUUAUAACAAUAAAAGAUUAAAAUGCAAAAUUUUCUAAGCUUUUAACUUUACAUAAAUAAAGUAAAAAUUUGAGAAAAAAAUUACAUGUGAAAAAAGCAUAAAUAAAGCCACUUUGA